AGUAUUUUCUUUUUCAGUGUAAUUUACAUGUUGACUCAGGAUAAUUACAAAAUGAUGCAUGAAACACGUUGUUCUGGUCUAAAUUAUCUUUGCAGUAAAUUGGUGGCUACCUCUCUAGUCCUUUGUAUUGGACUCCUGUGAUUGAUUGAUUGAAAAGACACUUGGGUUCUGUGCAUCUGUGACUCCUAUCAUAGCAUCAUCAGCAUCCUAAGCCAUCUAAGUGUACCAAGACCAGAGGUUCAUUCUCCUGCUUCCUCCCACGUUAAUACCGUGUUGACCGCUUUCAGUAACGGUGAGGUAAAAUUCAAGACUGCAGCCAUGUGGCUAUUUAUUCUUGACUGAUAUGUACUGUGGUAAAUAUGGUGCAAGAGGCAGAGAUCACUGACUGGGUAUUUGACAGAUUCAGUCAGGAGAACAGGCCAGGGAUGUUUGAAACCCUCCCUGCGUUCACAUAGACCUCCAGGGGUCGAGUCUGAUUCUUCUGCUCUGAACCUGAGACUCUGAGUACUGGGACGCACCUCAUCAGUGUUUUAUGACCCAGGAAAACACUCCCAGCCCUUGAGAGGGAGGGUUUCGGACACAAUUUCCGUAUGACUUUGACUGAAAGACACCGAGGACCUACACGUUCUCCCUGGAAGGUCAGAUCAGUCGAAGACGAAGAACGCCUCUUCUGCAAUGGCAUCGCCCAGCACACUCCUGUCGGCAGAGCACUUCACGUGUUCCCUGUGUCUUGAGGUGUUCAACAACCCGGUCUCCACUCCAUGUGGCCACAGCUUCUGCGUGGCCUGUAUCAGCAGCUUUUGGGCACAAGGUGACCACUGUCUGUGUCCCAAGUGUGAAAAGAGCUUCCUUGGAAGACCAGAGCUCUGUGAUAACACCUUUGCCAGAGACAUGGCUGAGCAGUUCAAGAGAAUGACAGCUAGUGGAUCUGAUGUAUCCAUCCCUGGACCAGGGGAGGUGCCAUGUGACAUCUGCCCAGGAAGGAAGCUCAAGGCCCUGAAGUCCUGCUUAGUGUGUCUCACCUCCUACUGCAAGACCCAUAUUGAGCCCCAUCAGAGAGUAGCAACACUGAAGAGGCAUAAGCUCGUUGAUCCCAUCAGUGAUCUUGAAGACAGAAUAUGUAAGAAGCAUGAGAGGUCUUUGGAGCUCUUCUGUAGGAAUGACCAAGUGUGUGUGUGUGUGCUGUGCUAUGAGACUGACCACAAAACCCAUAACACUGUCCCAGUGGAGAAGGAGUGGACAGAAAGGAAGACUAAAUUGAGGAAGACUGAAGCAGAAGUUCAGCAGAUGAUUCAAGACAGGGUGAAGAAGUUAGAGGAGAUUAAAGAGUCUGUAAAGCUCAGCAAGGUCAACACAGAGAAGGAGAUUGAGGAUGGAAUCCAGGUCCUCACCAAUCUAAUACAAGCCAUUCAACAAACCCAAGUGGAGCUCAUUGUCAAGCUGGAGGAGAAGCAAAGAAUAGCUGAGAGGAGGGCUGAAGGACUUAUUAAGGAGCUGGAGAAGGAAAUCAUUGAGCUUCAGAGGAGGAACACUGAGCUGGACCAGUUGUCGAACACUGAGGACUACAUCCAUGUUCUACAGAGGUGUUCAUCCCUUUGCACCCCUCCACACACCAUGGACUGGUCUGAGAUCACGGUUUAUGCUGACCUCUGCAUCAGUACCAUAAGAGCUGCUGUGACGACAAUAGAGAAUCAUCUCAACACUCUAGAGCACAAACUUUCCGAAAGAGAGCUCAAGAGGAUCUUUUGUUAUGCAGGGGACGUGACUCUGGAUCCCUGGACUGCAAACCCGUGGCUUGAUGUUUCUGCAGAUGGGAAACAGGUGAAGGAUGGAGACAAACAGCAAUGUUUUCCUGACAACCCGGAGAGGUUUGACACGGCACCUUGUGUCCUCGGGAAAGAGGGCUUCUCUUCGGGGAGGCACUACUGGGAGGUGGAGGUGGUGGGAAAGACUGCGUGGGAUCUGGGCGUGGCCAGAGUGUCGGUCAAGAGGAAAGGUGUGGUCCGUCUGAGCCCAGAGGACGGCUUUUGGACCGUGUGUCUCAGGAGGGGGAAUGAGUACAGGGCUUGUGACGAACAGGCUGUGCUCCUUCAUCUGCACGAGAAGCCCCGUAAACUGGGUGUUUAUGUGGACUGUGAGGAGGGACAGGUUUCCUUUUACAACGUUGAUGCCAGAUCUCAUAUCUACACUUUCUCUGGUUACAACUUCACUGAGAAGUUACUACCGUUGUUCAACCCUGAUAUGAACGAUGAUGGAAAUAACAGGGCUCCUCUUGUUAUUUCCCUUAUCAACCACAAGGGAGGGGAUGAAUUUAUACUCUAAAGCAGCUGUAAUUUGUUUGUUUUUAAAAGUAAUGGCAAGUGAAGACAGAUUUAUAGAAUGUGAAGUUGGUGAGAUUUUGUAGAAUUUGAACUUCAGGCCAAUUGUUGGUGUUAAUAUAUUGUGACAUGAGAUUAUUGUUAAUUUUUCAUGUCCUGUGGUUUUUCUAUUUUAUGUACUGUCAAACGAGAGUGAAGUUUUUUUGGUUUACAUUUAAGAAA